GCACGCUGCAAAGCAUUUUCUGCACAAACUCUAUUUUCAAACCAUCAUCUGCAUUCAUGUUCUUGACUCUUCGAACUUGCUCAAACAUCAUCCAUUCGAUCAUCACCAUGACGACCUCUACCAACUUUGGCGCUUUCACCAGCCUCUCCAUCGGCAACCAUCACAUCAACGAGCCUUCCGCUUCUACCAUCAACAACAUGCCUGCUUCAGUCAAGUCUGCAGGCUCGACCGGGUCGUCGCUGCCCAGAGAGCGCUCCAUCACUCCGAGACAUGUCUUCACCAGUCUCGACGAGGCCCACCAGGCCAUCACCACCAAAGCUGCGAAGCAGGCCGCACACACCACGGACAACGGCGCUCACUCUGCCUCCAUCCCGUGCGAGUCAUCAGCUGGCUCUUCUGUCAAUGCCGUCUACUCCAAGUCAACCACCGACACCGACGAGCAUCCUGCCACCGAGUCGCACCGCUGCCCGACUCAUGAUGGCUUCUCCCGCGGACGUCGCAUCAGUCCUACUCACUUGCGUCGCCGUUCAUCCAGUGUUCCUGACUUCAGGACUCGUACCCCUCCCUACCCUGACUGGGACGAGAUGACUCCGGCUGCUCGCGCCAGUUGCCACGCCGCAAAGGAUCCUGUUGACAACAACACUCCUGACAACUCCACCAACACACCUCGCGAGACUGGAAGCACCGUCGAAAACAUCGUGGAUCAGUACCUCCCUUCGACCACCAUCGACUCUUCACCCUCAGCUGAUGGCCCGCACAACCAUUCCACCAAGAAUGCAACAGUCCACCACACCUUGGACAACGGAGAGACCAUUGAGCCUCCUCAGACCAGAGAAAACACCACCUCUGUCCCCUUUGGUCGUACUUCAAAGUUUUUCCGCAGCCAUGGACCCCCUCCUCGGAUUCCUCAGCCGCCGAUCCCGGCAAUCCAUCCCUCAACGGCCCCGGCACCCUCAGUGAUCCGUACCAACCUCCCAGAGGACCACACCAGCACCCCAGAUUGUCAUCUCAACAUCUCUCGGGAGCACUCCUGGUCAACCAUGUCAUCCGCGAGCUCUGUUGACAUCAAAGAGCUUCUUGACAUUUGCGACGAAAACAAUGUCGGAACGUCCGCCGGCUCCAGCAAGGGCAACCAAUACCUCGAAGCCAACCACCACGAGUCGACCAACAACCAAGCGGCUCGUGAGAGCACCACCGGCAGCGGCGCGUUGUCCCGUGCAGCCUUCUCAACAGGUGGUCUUACAACAGAUUCUGACGAAGAUCCAUUCAAGUACGACCGCGGAUCAUACACGGUCUUCCUCCAGCCAUCUCGGGAACGAGAAGUCAGUGCUGCGCUUCACCGUGUCAGUGGCGCCAGCACCACUUAUACCAACGAGAUCGACCACACUGGCCAUGCAUCAACCACGCGUGGCCCAGUUGGCUCUGCGGCACCUCCUAGGCCUCCUUCAAAUGGGCUCACUUAUCACAACACCGCUCAGAGAAACAACAACAAUCCCAACAGGCCUAUCAUGAAGAAACUCGCUCUGCGAUCUUAUCCGGCCCAACACCUUGCAUGGGACGAGUUUGAUGAGGAGUUCGAUGAGGAGUUUGACGAGGUAAGGGCUUCUGUCCAGUCACAUAUUGGAUUUGAUCCUUCGUCUCAUCAGUUUGCUAACCCUGCUCUUCAACAGAACCUCGAUGCUGUUAAGACCGACGGAGGUGAUUGGGAGACAGUCGGGUCGAACCUCGAUGCUGUUAAGAGCGAUGGAGGGGAGUGGGAGACAGUCGGUUCCAGUGUUGGCCAGUUCAACAGCCAUCGAGCUUAUGCGUCCGGGACUGGCUUCGGCACUCGUUUCGGUUUAAGGGCCACAGGGAGCAGCAUUGCAGACUACUCCGACACCUCAAGCCUUGCCGCCGAAAGCUUUGGCGCUUUUGCAUCAACCGAAAAGAUCAUGCAACAUCCGAUGAACGGGAAGUACAACAACUAUGUCGUUCGGACACUCAAGAGUGACAACCGCCCGGUCUUCCUUCCCCAACCAAGAAUCCAUCGAGUCAACGGUUAUCCCCAAGAUUCAUGCCGACUGUUUGACCAAGCCACGACAUCAAGCAGCCAGGGCUCAUCUACAAGAGCAUACUUGGCGGAGAAACUCACUGCCCCGUUCCGUUCUCUGACCUCCAACAAGAACACCGAUCGGAGACAUCCCUAUGGGAGCAGCCAAUCCGGCCCGGACAACGGCAACCAACAAAGAGACCAUGGUUUGAGAACAGCUGGACUCUCACCGCAGACUCCCCGAGCCCACGAUUCGUUUCAAGCCGAUACAUCAAUCGGCCCGGAAUCACCAGUCCAGUUCAGCUUCCCGUUGAUCCCUCUGGAAGAGGCUGCAAGGCUGCAGGCGUUGAAGCGACGAAGCGACGCGAACGACCACACCUUUCAGAGCAGUCCUCGGACACGAAAGAACAGCCUUGUGUCUUGCCUUUCGUGGAAGGCCUCCAACAAGUUGGCGAAGAAAACGGCGCCCUCCACUCCGCAUACUCUGCCGAGAAAGCCAUUGCCCACUCACUGUCGCGAGCCAGUCUCCAACCACCACAUCUCAAUCCGUAUGUAUGACCCUGGCUCAACAUAUCAGUUCCAUGUGCUAACAUUUUCGCAGAAAACCAAGUUACCAGCAACGGGCAGGAGGCAACUCGUUUGUCAACCUUGAGCAGCGCAAGCCCACCAGCCCCUGGUAGACCAGUGUUCCCGCGGUCUUGCCGAAACCCCUUCAGCUCUGCCCACGGCUCAGCACGGAGCAGCUCGAGCUACAGACGUUCAUGGGGCAUCCCUUUCGAACGUCCUCACCUUUGGGGAAAAGAUAAAAGAACUUCGCGUGUUGAUGGUGAAGACUUGACGAAGAAGACGGUUA